UUUUUCCCUACGAUUAACCCAGUUUCUUGGAAAUUUUUAGGAAAUUUAAUAAAAAGCAGGAAUGUUGAUGCAGGACGGUUAGAGAAUCCUUUUUUGUCGAGCCGUUUAAUUUGGAUUUGGUUGAAUAUCCAGAUCGAUUUUCUGUUCUGCCCUGAAAAUAUGGAAACUGAAGAUACAUUCGAUUAUUUGUUUAAGAUUGUGUUGAUUGGAGACAUGGGCAUUGGAAAAACUUGUAUUGUACAACGCUUUAAAAACGGGACUUAUAUAGAAAAACAAGGGACUACAAUUGGAGUUGAUUUUACAAUGAAAACUGUUGUGAUGGAUGGAAAACGAAUUAAAUUACAAAUUUGGGACACUGGCGGGCAAGAACGUUUUCGAACUAUAACACAAUCAUAUUAUCGUUCGGCUAAUGGUAUCAUUCUUUGCUAUGAUUUGACUAGUUCAGAAUCCUUUCAAUCUCUACAAAAAUGGAUUGAUGAUGUUGCAAAAUUUGCCGUUCCAAAUGUUGCCAAAAUUCUUGUUGGUACAAAAGCAGAUUUAGCUGAAGAACAAAGAAAAGUAGAAAUAGAGGAAGCAGAACAAUUGAGUAGGGCACACAAUAUGUUACAAAAUUUGGAAGUUUCUUCAAAAACAAAUGUGAAUAUUGACACAAUUUUCUUUGAAUUGGCACGUCAAUUAAAAUCCCAAUAUGACAGCAACAAUUUGGACACUAGCCUUUCCGACACUUUUCGGCUUCGAUAUCCAGACACUACAAAUUUAACUAGUAGAUGGAAUCGAUGCUGUAAUCAAUUUAGUUGA